CGAUCGCUCGUGCUAGGGCGCCGGCAGUGACGGGCGGGGGGGCGCGGCACUGCUCUGACACGGGCUCCCUACAGCCUGAGCCGGGAACCCGCCUGGAGUGGCCGGAUUGAGCCGCGGGCGACCACGGGCUUCCGGACCCUCGCAGCGGCUGUGGGGAGCUCGGGCCGCGGCUCCACCGGCUCCAGUCUGGGCGCCCGGGGCCACUCGCUGCCGCCGCCCAUGGGUAUCCGAGAGUUUCCAGGCGGCGCUCCCAGGGCCAAGAGCAUCGCUGUUGGUAUGAGGAGGUCACCGGACGUCAGCCCGCGGAGACUGUCCGACAUCAGCCCUCAGCUCCGGCAGCUUAAGUUCUUGGUGGUGGACGAGGCCAUCAAGGAGGAUCUGAAAUGGUCGCGCUCCGUGGAGGACCUCACUAGCGGGCCAGUGGGACUCACGUCCAUCGAGGAACGGAUCCUGCGCAUCACCGGCUACUAUGGCUACCAGCCCUGGGCGACGAGCUACAAAAGGGAGGAGCGCCCCCGGGAGCCCCCGGGCCCUGCAGAGGCCCAGGCACCAGCUGGGACAGAGGCUGGCGGAAGGACGAACCGGCACCACUGGACAUGCUCUCAAAAGCAGCUGAGGAAGGUCUUCUGGGGCGUGGCUGUCGUGUUCUGCGUGUGUGCCUCCUGGGCCGGCUCCACGCAGCUCGCCAGACUGACUUUCAAGACUUUCGAUGCACCCUUCACCCUGACUUGGUUCGCCACCAACUGGAACUUUCUGUUCUUCCCGUUGUACUAUGCAGGGCACGUGUGCAAGUCCACAGAGAAGCAGUCUGUGAAACAGAGAUACAGGGAAUGCUGUCGGUUUUUUGGAGACAAUGGCUUGACUUUGAAAGUGUUCUUUACCAAGGCAGCACCAUUCGGUGUCCUUUGGACGCUCACGAACUACCUGUACUUACACGCAAUAAAGAAAAUAAACGCUACCGAUGUCUCCGUGCUGUUCUGCUGCAACAAAGCCUUUGUUUUCUUGCUGUCGUGGAUCGUUCUCAGGGACAGAUUCAUGGGAGUGAGGAUUGUGGCGGCCAUCCUCGCCAUCGCGGGCAUCGUCAUGAUGACCUACGCGGACGGCUUCCACAGCCACUCCGUCAUCGGCAUAGCCCUGGUGGUGGGCUCCGCUUCCAUGUCGGCCCUCUACAAGGUUCUGUUCAAGCUGCUUCUGGGCAGCGCCAAGUUCGGAGAAGCGGCCUUAUUCCUGUCCAUCUUGGGUGUGUUCAACGUCCUCUUCAUCACCUGCAUUCCCGUCAUCCUCUACUUCACCAGAGUGGAGUACUGGAACUCCUUCGACGACAUUCCGUGGGGAAACCUCUGCGGGUUUUCCAUUCUCUUAUUGACAUUCAAUAUUGUAUUAAAUUUUGGAAUUGCUGUCACGUAUCCCACGCUGAUGUCUCUCGGAAUUGUCCUCAGUGUCCCUGUGAAUGCAGUGGUGGAUCACUAUACCAGCCAGAUAGUCUUCAACGGAGUCCGGGUCAUUGCCAUCAUCAUCAUCGGCCUGGGCUUCCUCCUCCUGCUCCUGCCAGAGGAAUGGGAUGUCUGGUUGAUCAAGCUGCUCACCCGCCUCAAAGUGAGGAAGAAGGAAGAGGCUGCGGAGAGCAGCGGGGACUUGGGCACAGGCCCCCAGAGCAGAAGCAGGAGAGCCCGCCCGUCCUUCGCUCGCUGAGACCACUCCUCUGGGACUCUGGGAUGCCCCCAUGGUAAUGUUUUUGAGGUCUACUCCUAAGGGAGAAGCCUCAGGUGGGUGAGGUGUACAUACAUGUACAGUUUUGGUAACCUGCAGUAAGUUCUGCGGUAUUUAUUGGCAUGUCCAAUUUGCUUGCACUUUUCCACAUCAGACCUUCCACUUAAGGGUACCGAUUCCAAACGGAAGAGAAAAGAACCUCUCAGUGCUUCUUCAAUGAAUGUAAAGUGGGGUAAAAUGAGCCUUGCAUUGAUUGCUUCAGAGGACAGGCAAGCUGGACACACCGGGGCAAUGCUCUGCCUCUUAGCAACUGAAAAUGACAUUGUACACUGUGAUUAUUUUUCAGCUAUAGUAGGUCAUAUUUUGUUUUAUACCAGAACUGUAUACUUAAUUUUAAGGAAUUUCAAUGAACCAAAAGAUAAUUGUCAGUUAAUCAGGAUGGAUGGAUGGAUGGAUGGAUGGAUGGAUGGAUGGAUGGAUAGAUGGGUGGAUG